UCCCAUUCGCGAGGUACCGAUCGUCAGUCUCUCGUACGGAAGAGAUGUCGAGUGUGUACACCUUCUUCGUCGGUUCGAUGAGUGUGUGGCAGCCUUAGACAUUCAUACAGACGAAUGCACAUAUACGUCUCGCGCUGAAGUGUCGUUGUCGCUCAUUGAGCCCACGACGAAACCGUAAAGAAGGACGGAGGAGAGGCCUGAAAAAAAAAAGCUGCAAUUUACGAAGAUGGAGCUAGAACUGCAAGGAGAGGAUGUUCCAACCGCGAAUGGAAGAUGGAUUGUUGUGUGCAUUUGUGGUUUGCUGGGAGCUGUUUUUCUUUGGCGAAGGUUGUCCGGUCGCUCGAGGAAUUUACCUCCAGGACCCAAGGGCUGGCCUGUCAUAGGAAAUCUGCUGGAUCUGGGGUUGUAUCCACAUCAGUCGCUGCAAAAGUUGGCGGACAAGUACGGACCAGUGAUGUUCAUGUCUCUGGGUUCAGUUCCAACAUUGGUCGUCUCAUCCAAGGAAUUGGCUCGCGAAAUUCUCAAGCAUCAGGACCAAGAUUUCAGCUUCCGUCCCAAAAGCACAAUGGGCGAGCUGGUUAUGUACAAAUCAAGUGAUAUGGUCUUUUCGCCCGUAGGCGAAUAUUGGAGGUAUUUGCGUAAGAUCUCUGCAAACGAAGUCUUCCAUACCAAGCGCCUCUCUGAACUCGAGACCGUGAGGAGAGAAGAAGUAUUAACGACCGUAGGACAAAUGUUGGAGGCUAGCGAAGAUGGACCUGUUCAGCUCAACGAGAGGUUGGAGAACCUGAUCUUGAACAUGCAAACGCGCACGCUCUUCCGGAAGAGGUACAACGUGUUCGGGAAAAGUGAGAACGGCGCCUCUGCCGACGACGCCAGAGAGGCGAGCGAGUUCCAUAAACUGAACAAGGAUUUGAGCAUCUGUGGGCAUUUUGUGGUCGGAGAUUACGUCCCCUCUUUGAGAUGGGCCGACUCUGGCACAGGCGGUGUGCUCGCAAAGAUGAAUCAAUUACAUCGGGACCUGGAUAAAUUCUUCAGUAAGAUCCUCGAGGAGCACCGAUUAAGUUUGAAAAACCAGCCGAAGAGCUCGGACGAAAUGGAUUUUGUGGACGUCCUCUUGCAGCAGCACAGCGAUAAUCUAACACAUGACAGUAUGAAGGCGUACAUCAUGGACAUGCUUAUGGCGGGAACGGACACCACAAAUCAGGAGAUCAUGUGGAUGCUGGUUGAGCUCAUGAGACAUCCACAUGUUCUGAAGAAAGUCCAGGAGGAGUUAGAUGAUGUCGUGGGCAGGGACAGGGUGGUGGAGGAAGCGGACCUGGGGCAGCUCAACUAUCUCCACGCGGUGAUCAAAGAGAGCUUCCGACUGCAUCCUGUGCUGCCACUCAUGUUUCCCCACCUAUCGACCAAACCGACAAAAAUUGCAGGAUACGAUAUCCCCGCGAACUGCUCUACGUUCGUCAAUGUGUACGCCAUCAUGAGAGACCCGAACGUGUGGAAGGACCCUCUGACCUUCGAUCCUGACAGGUUCUUAAACAGCGACGUAGAGGUGAAAGGACAGGAUUUCGAACUCCUGCCCUUCGGCUCCGGGAGGAGAAUGUGCCCCGCCCUGAACUAUGCCUUGAAAAUUGUCGAGCACAGCCUGGCGAAAAUCCUACACAUGUGCGACCUUUCCCUUCCCAGCGGCAUCGAACCGCUGGAUAUUGACAUUACAGAGUCUGUUGGAAUCACCUGCUGUCCAAAAACGCCUCUACUGGUUAUGGUGAAUCGACGAUUACCGGCUCAAGCCUACGAAAAGUCAGGAUUAAAACCAGAGAAGUGAGAUUUGGACUCGUCCAAGCCCAGUGAUUUCAAGCUUUUUCAUAUCUUCAAUGUGGGGCAAAAAUUCAUGACCUUAGGAAGGUCAUGAAUUUUUGCAUACUUUGUACAUAUCCAACAAUACUUUUCAUCUUCCUUCGAGGCAUUAUAUAUAAAGUUAUAAUAAUAAAUGUCUAAUAAUAGUUAAGGAAUACUUGCGUACAUGUCUGAUAUACGCAAAAUGGUAUCAAACUUGCAUAUAUAAACGUAAAUAUCUGUAUUAAAUAUCUGCACAAGGUUGGAGAUACACUCCAUACAUAGAUUCUGAAUCAUGUAUAGCUCGCUACGAGCGGAAGAGCUCGAAAUGCCGAGGCCCAGGAUGGUCUGCUGCUCUGGAUGUGUUAGUUAGCGCUUGGACAAAGCUGGACACAUUGUGGAGGAGAUGUACUUUUACUAGCGAAGAUAGCGAAGAGAGACAUGACAGGCUACAACUCUAGAGCAGCUAAAAAUGGAGCUUUGACUUAGGCCAAAAGCCUGAAGCGGGCCAGCCUGCUUAGACACGAAGGAGGCAGUUGACUUCUAUUAAUUGGCUUUUGUACAGUACGGCAUCAAUAGAGCAUACGUCAUGUCUGACGAUAUAUCAUACCGCUGAAAACCGAUCUACAAGUCUCCAAGAUGUUUUACCUGUCUUAAAAUUACCUGCAGUUACUCCUGACUGAGCUCUUACAUACUAAAUAAGAGAGUCAUUGAAGGUUGUGCAUGUCGUUACAUGCAUAAGGCGUGACUCGUGAUCUAUAAUGACCGAGACCAAUCGUGCAGAGUCCAGAUUGUCGAGACCGAAAGACCAAGAACUAACAGAUAAACUAAUUUCUACAUCAAGUGAUCGAACUUGGACAUGGCCUCGCGCAUCUCGGAUGACACCAGCUUCGAAGGUCUUAGAGUCUGAAGACCUUCGAAGCUGUAAUCUGUCUUGAUGCGAUGCGGAUGUA